UAUCCAAUGGGCGGUUCCAUGUCACGUAACUGUGUCAUCGCGUCCCGAUAUUAGCGGCCCCUGGUUAAGGAAUAAGCGGACGAAUAAAGAAAGUACGCGAGACGUGGGCAGUCGAUACGAAUGUGUUCCUGAGUAAGGCGUAGCGUAGAGUCACUUCUGGUUGGAAUAUGUGCCGGGCCGUUAGCCUGGCGGAAAAGGGAAGUGCCGCUCCAGGAGAAGGGUGGCUGGUACUAUAGCGGUUUUUGCCUGUUCUGCCGAUAUGGAAUACCUGCGCCUGAUUAUCGUGUUCUUCACGCUGUGGAGUCGUCAGGAGUGCGCUCGCGCCCAGUUCAAGGACGACCCCGGCUGCAGCGACGGCGUCCUCGAUGCCUGCGGCACCGACUUCGUCGUGUUCGCCAAGGGCCCCGAGAUACCCGACACGCCGGAGAAACUUGCCCAGAGUUGCAAGCAGGAGUUGAAGGGCGCCACCUGUGCCAAGGACUACGCGACGCAGUGCCUGCUGGGAUUCACACGAGGCGCCGCCCUGGUGGCCGUCAAUGCAGUCCUGGAAGAGCUGGAAGGCAAGUGCGACGUCACGCACCCAGCACACAAGCGCUAUUUCCGGCACGUGAAGUGUAUGAACCAGGCUGGUGAGAAAAUUCACGGCUGUGUGGCGAAGUACCAGGAAGACCUGUACGUUACGGCCCACAGUGUGCCCCGAAAGCUCAAGAUUCCGUACGGUUGUUGCCAGUACCACGAGUUCUACGACUGCUGCGAGGAGGCCCUGGCGGAGCACUGCCAGGACCCGGACGCCAUCGAGCUGAUGCACGAGACGACGGACAACGUGUUCGGCAACAUACUCAGCGUCAUCUGCGGGACUUACCAGAAGGACUCGGCUCCGUGCCGCUCCCUCGAUGUCCUGCCACGGUACAACGGGACUGUGCCCAGGAACUUCAUCUCGCCCCUGAAGGCCAUCGUGCGGUCGCUCGUCAGUCGCGAGGACCCCUGAAGAAAGCAACCUGGCGCGCCAGCGAAGUGUGCGACAGUUUUAGCUUGCCCGUGGACGUGUCACCGUUUGCUGAACACCAGAUUGCCGGCGGAGACGUAAGCGUGAUCGGCCAGGUUGGUGGCACCACCUGGUGGCUUAGAGUUUAAUCAGAGCAGACACCACGUCAUUAAGAACAGACCAUAUUCUACUGAGAUGCUUGUGUAAAAUGCGGGCAGCGACGUAAUCGUUAACAUGAAACCUUUUUUUAGUGUGCAUUACCAUUAAGAACAUUAAUGUGCAUUAACGCAGCCUCACUUCGUUUCCUUGAAACUUGCAGACAUGCGAUGACAGACGAUGCAGUACGUCACGGCCACGCUGCAGCGCGCACGAGAGACGCCAGAGAUGACAAACCCCUGCCACUUUCUUUUAAAGAUGAUUCCCAAAAAGAAACGAAAUCGCAAGUCAGCGCUAGUUCGUGCAACUUCGCCGGUGUCCGUCGUCUAUUGUACGCACCGCAUUUUAGGCACGUAACGCUCAUGACUCACCCAAUUUUUUUAUUUUCAUUACUUCUCAAGUAGCGAGCAACCAGGCUGAGGGGCUUUGGAGGAGUUGUUACCUCGUUAGAUUCGGAAUGCAUGCCUCUCCGUGAGUCACUUAUUUGAAGGACCGAAGGACUGGAAAUUUCACCAUGUCAAGCCUCACACGAGCCGUGACUAAGGUUGAAUUUACCUCAUUUUCAGGGGUCCGAAUGUCACAAGAGGUACUGAGCAGUGCACAGUGGUAUACAGAUGAAGUCUAAUUCAGAGCAUUUCUUUAAUGAACAUUCAUUUGGUCAUUAAACUAAGGUUGCAAGAUUGAGUGGAGGGAUACAUUGUAAUGGAGCUGCUUAGCGCAGUCUGUCUUUUUUAUUCUUUUUGCAUGAAAUACCGAAGUACUUUUCUCGUCUGUACUCAUACUUGAUCGUAUGAUGUCCUGCCGCGCUACAACGGGACUUGCAUUCACAUUUCAUGUUAUUUUCUAUUUCUUAUCCUUCAAUUGUUUUAUAUUCAUUUACUGCAGCGUUUUCUGAUUUUCCUUUCUUUAUCAGUGACAUUAACCACUGUUGACGUUACCGAAUCUUCCGCAGUUUCUUUUCCUUGACUUUCCUCGCUUAAUAAAACGACAAGAAACGUUGGC